ACUUCAGAAACAGCUUGUGUGAACUUCUGCAGUACAUUGAAUGGAGGAUCCAAUGUCAGAAAUGUCGAUGGUACAAUUUGUAUCACCAUCAGACUCUUCCAGGAGCAACUCAGAUGACAGUCAAGAGGAUAAAAGCCCUGCUCCUGGCAAGAUCCUGAACUCUGGACUUCUCUGUAAAGUGUGUUCGGACACCAGCAGUGGGAAACACUAUGGGAUAUAUGCUUGCAAUGGUUGCAGUGGCUUUUUCAAGCGCAGUGUGAGGCGCAGACUCAUCUACAGAUGUCAAGCUGGUACAGGUAUGUGUCCUGUGGAUAAAGCCCAUCGGAAUCAGUGCCAGGCUUGUCGCUUAAAGAAAUGCCUUCAAGCUGGCAUGAACAAGGAUGCUGUUCAGAAUGAGCGUCAGCCCCGCAGCACCGCUCAAGUCAGGUUAGACUCACUGGAUGUGGACAAAGACAAGGAGCACCUCGCCACCACCUUGGAGCCCACUUCCUCAUCCACCUGCUCUGUUAUCAACCGCCCACUGCUGGGCUCCUCGAUCAGCUCCAGUAUCAGCUCCACAGAUGCUAUGCACCACUCCAACAGCCCAAAGAACGGACAUCGCUUCAUGGCCAGUCUGAUGACGGCUGAGACCUGCGCCAAGCUAGAACCAGAGGAUGUGGAUGAGAACAUUGACGUGACCAGUAAUGAACCUGAAAGGAGUUCUCCGGAGUACGGCAGUUCUCUCUACCCCUCGCGCGGCCCUGAGAGUGUAUAUGAGACUUCAGCCCGCCUACUCUUCAUGUCUGUUAAAUGGGCCAAGAAUUUGCCAGUGUUUUCCCAUCUACCUUUCAGAGACCAGGUGAUUCUACUUGAGGAAGCAUGGAGUGAGCUGUUUCUACUUUGUGCAAUUCAGUGGUCGCUACCUCUGGACAACUGCCCCCUGCUGUCCCUACCUGACCUCUCACCCCCAGGACAGGGCAAGGGAAGCCCCUCCGCCUCCGAUCUGAGGGUCCUUCAAGAAGUGUUUAGCCGCUUCAAACCCCUGCAAGUGGAUCCAACUGAGUUUGCAUGCUUGAAAGCAAUUGUUUUGUUUAAACCAGAAACACGAGGACUUAAAGACCCAGAACAGGUGGAAAAUCUACAAGAUCAGUCCCAAGUGCUGCUAGCUCAACAUAUCCACACGCUUUACCCCAGUCAAGUCGCCAGGUUUGGCAGACUAUUACUUCUCCUUCCAUCCCUUCACUUUGUGAGUUCAGAAAGAAUCGAGCACCUUUUCUUCCAAAGAACCAUCGGGAACACGCCCAUGGAGAAACUCCUGUGUGACAUGUUCAAAAACUGAGGAGCCUUUCUAAAAGACAGUUUGUAGAGGAAAAAAAAUCCUCUAGACUUCAGGUGCUUUGCUUUACUGUCAUGCUAGUUGCAGUACUAUGACAAUGAGUGCAAUCUGCCUGAAUGCAAAAAAACAAAACAAAACAAAAA